GUUUCAAAAGUAUUGAAUUGACUCCCCUUGCUGCAAUAUGCGUACACAUAUUUUCAAGUGGGAAAGAACUGCAGGUGGAAGGCCCUAUUCAUAUCACCUUACCUCUUCUGCCGACAAGUGAUGUAAAAGCAGGAGAACCUAUCUCAGCCUGGACUUUUGAUAUGAAAACUGGUGCUUGGAUUAAUCGUGGCUUGGGAAUAGUAAAGAACAUGGAUGAUCACCUAGUAUGGACAUAUACUGCUCCAAGUCUGGGAUAUUGGAUAGCAGCCCCAUUGCCCGGAACUAGAGUUACUAAAGAUAUCACUGCCUACCACACAGUAUUCCUCACAGCCAUAUUAGGAGGCACAAUCACCAUCAUUGUUGGGUUCUUUGCAGUUCUGCUUUGCUAUUGCAGGGAUAAGUGUGGUCAUCCAAAAAAGAGAAAGAAAAGCCCAACUAAACUAGACAUUUUAAAAAAGGACCAAACAACUUCAACAACUCACAUAAAUCAUAUUGGUGCCGCCAAAGGAUCGUUGAAAUCCGAGGACAAAUCUAGGUUGUAUUCACCCAGAGUAGCCUCUUAUAGCCCCCAGAGGCGGGUUUCAGCCGAAGGUGAGGAGAGGCAAGUCCAAGACAGUUUUAAAGUUUACACAGAAGGUACUUCAUACCAAUUCCCUGGUAAAAAUACCCAGUGUCGGAGCUCACCCCAGUCCUUGGAAACUAACACAGGACUGAGACAUCUACCGCCAGUUAAACAUCUCAAUGGAAGUAUUUCCCCAUCUCAAAACGCACAAGAACAGGAUCAGUAUCUCCCAAUGUCUGAGGAAAUAUACGGGCUGUCUUCCCUCCCAGAACAAUUAAUGCAUUUCUAUAGUCAGCCCGGUGCUAUGCUUCAGACAUCUGAGCUUUUUCAUGCCCAAGAGCAAUUGCAUGCUGCAAAGUCAGCUACUUUACCAAGAAAAGGACAGUUAAUCUAUAGCCCUGUGAUGGAGCCUAUGAGUCAUGAAAAUUAUACCCAGACGUUGCCCAAAAUGCCAGUGCACUCUCACCUGCAGGCACCAACUUCCAGAGAUGAAACAGCUGCUAUAGAUAGGCAACAGGGCUUGUCUCCUCAAGCUGCCAACUGGGGCCGCUACACUAGUAGCUUGCUAGAGUCGGUUUCUGUCCCAGGAACACUAAAUGAAGCUGUAGUGAUGACACCAUUUUCAUCAGAACUUCAGGGCAUUUCAGAGCAAACCUUACUGGAGCUUUCAAAAGGGAAACAGUCUCCACAUCCAAGAGCGUGGUUUGUGUCAUUGGAUGGCAAACCAAUAGCUCAAGUGAGGCAUUCAUUCAUUGAUCUCAAGAAGGGCAGGAAGACUGAGAGCAAUGAUACUAGCUUAGACUCUGGUGUGGACAUGAAUGAGCACAAUCCAAGUCGAAAAUUGGAGAGGGAGAAAACCUUCAUUAAAAGCAUGCAACAUUCUAAGAUACUUUACCUAGAAGACUUGGAUCUGAGUAGCAGUGAAUGCGGGACCAGGGUUUCUACCCCUGAAGAUCAAGCUGUGAAGUAUAUACCAGAUGGAGGUAAUGACCCCAUCAUAGAGCAAGAGCUCAUAGAAGAGGUGCCUAAAAGAAAAAACAUGGCAAAAAAUCACGAGGCCAGCCCUCCCACAGUGAAGAAACAGGGAAGACCACGUCUAACUAAGAGAGAAGGCAAAACAAACAUCUGGAAGAAGAGAGAGGAGAGGCCACUCAUUCCAAUAAAUUAAGAUUACGGUGAUGUCUUAUCUUCUGGUUGUUUUGUGUCCUGUAGACUUUACCUCCUGUCAUUCUUACUUGUAAAUUUGCACUGGUCAUUUUCAGUGGGGCAGUCAGAUUUAGGUGACUCCUUUUUUAAGGCACAGAGCAAAUGAUCCCUUCAUAAGGAGUAUUGUUUUUUGAAAACCAGCUCAUCUUGCUUUCAGCAGUUAAAAUUUCAGGAUUUUUGUAAAACUAUACAUGCAAAAUUAUUCUGUGGUGCGCCUGUAAAGACACAUAUACAUUCUGUGGAAGAAACCAGUAUGGAAUCUUGUUUACCUGCUCUGAAAUUGGACAUCUAGCAAGGAAGAAGUUCUGUUGAUACCAGAUUGUGUUGGCACAGGAAAAGAGCAAAACAUAGAUAACAAGUGCUUGUUAUGUUUGCAACUAGUGUCCGAUAAUGGACAUGGUCAUAAUAUGAUGAUGGUAUCAUAUUGUGUAGUAUGGUAUUUUUCAUCUAAAUGCUGAUCUGAAAUCUUGUAUUUCGUAUCUCAUAUAACAUCCUGCCUCACUAUAAUUCCUAUAUAGCUUUUUAUGGUGGGGGAGGGAAAAUUAGGGAUCUCUUAUCCAGAAGGUAUUUCAAGUGUGCAGACUUCUACCAUUCCAAUUUGUAUUGAGCCAAAUUGUGCUCCAUUUUUAGGAUAGCUGGAUUUAUAUUAAUGUAAUUAAGGCAGAGUUUGGCCCUUUUAUGCCCACAAUGUGUGCCAUUGUAAACAUGGCCAAAAAGAUGCCUUUGUAGAUGUUUCCACCAGAAACAGCAUCCUGUACUAGCCUUAAAGAGACAAAAGAAAUAUGGUAUUAAGCAAUUUGAUAAUGUGCCUCCCUUUUUUGCUAGCUUUGACGUAAGUCUUAAAAGUCAAUUGUUGCUUAUGAAUAGUUCCAGUUGAAUUCUGUUAAGACUUAAAUUUAGCCACAUUUACAUUUUUUUUAAUGAAAAAAUUGGGAUGGUGGGACCUCUUCAUUAUACCCUAAUUUUCUAAUCUGGGCGCAAAUCUGUAAGAUAGGCAAAAUAAGGGAAAGGCCAUAGUUUAAUACUAUGCAAAUAGGAAGAAUUUGGAAAGUUCACUGGGGAAUGAUGCCAAUUUGUAUAGAUAAGCCUUUCUCAAUGAAACAUCUAUGGAUUUUGGAGUCAACAUGGAGACCUGUGGAAUAAACAUAUUACAGCCCUAAAUAUAGUUACUUGGAAAUAGAUUCUGUUGAUUUCAGUGGAACUUGUUUCACGUGAAAGUAUCCACAGUUAAAAACUAAAAAUGCAUACGUCUCCACCUGAAAUUAGAAGCCAACCUAUUAUUUUCCCCUGCACAACUUUCACCAUCACCAUUUCAGUGGAGAUGACAAUUAGGAUGUUAAUAAGUUUGUACUGUAUUUUAAUCUUCCCUAAAUUUGUUUUAACACAAAAUGGUAUCAUGGAAACGCUCACCCAUUACAUUUGAUGUGUUCUAAAGUAGUUUUAAGUAGAAAAAUUGGUGUAGAAAAUGGGAGGUGAACACAUUUUGGGAUAGUACAAGGACUUAACAAAUAGGCAUUUAGGGUGGCCAAAUGCUAAAUGGCAUCAGCCAUUUCUGCAAAUAGGGCAAAAGUAGAAUUCAUUUCUUCUAACCUCAUGCCUGAAAAUUGUACAUUGUCUCUUUAUACCAAACAUGGCAAGUGUACUUUAUCAGCUGACUUACCAUUCACUAUAAGUACUAAACAUGUGUCCUAACUGGAUUGUGCACUAUGAACAUGUUCAGGGACUAUCUGUUGGCACCUCUGUAUACAUUGAACGUAAACUGGAUUUGGCCUGUAAGACAAAAGCCAUCCUUAGGAGUAGAAUUCAUUGUAGAGUUAAAAUAGUUACCAGAAGAACUGAUUGCAUGAAAUGUAAUAGGAGGAACUAUAUAGAGGGAAGAAAUGUUGAUAAAGGCAUUACCUCUUUAUGUUUUUUGAAUAGUAAAUUUGUUAUUGAUCAUUCAUUUUUGGCUAAGAGAAAAGUAGAUAUCCGAAAAUGAAUUAUCUUGCUACAGAAUCGUGUUAAACUUAUGCAAACUAGAGGUUUUUCAUAUGCCCUUUCCCAUCUGUCAUCUCAUAAUCAUUUGAGGACUGGCUUAUUUUUAUUGGAUUAAGGCUGUAGCCUUUGAAAUCAUGGUUCAAGUGUUAGCCACCCUACUUUUUCAGUUCAAAACACAUUUGUCUCAUUCAUAUUGAAAUAAAUACAAAAUUAGGACCCUGGGAGCUAUGUUUAUGAUGGAUAGGUGACACAGAAAGCAUGCUCCAAUUUGUGGCAAGGCAGUACUCUUCCAGAAUGCAAACAGAAAAUAUCCUACCUUGCUAAAUAUCUAACAUUAAAUAUCAGAAAGUUUAGAUUUAUAAAUGGACAGAGAAUUAUCUAGGAUCAGAAAUAUUCUCACAACAUUUUUGAGUUAUCUUUUCAAUGCUUUCAUAGGGCUCUUUUCUGUUUGUUAGAUAAUACAGAGAAAUGAAUUACAUAAGUAAUAAUAAGGCUUUCAUAAAUUUGAUACUUCAGGUGGGAGGAAAGUAACAAUCAAAAUCAAAAGAUUUGCCAGAACAAAAAAUGGAAUAAUUCUGAACAAUACAACUUGUAUUGAAAGGUUAUAGUCUAGAACUGCACAACCACCUAAGUUUUGGAUUUGCUUUUAAGAACAAAAAAAAAACCCAUCAUUGUCAUGUGGGAAAAAAAUGGAACUUCAGAAGGCACAAUGAUACGGAAAUGAUGAUCUUAAGUAAAAUAUUCUAGUGGGCUUAUCUCAAAUGAUAAGAUUUGAAUCUCUACUUAUUUGCAGGCCAUUGUGAAUGAACCGAUGGCAGGGAGAGAAACAUGGAAAGACCUCUUGAGGAUUUUGGUUACUUUUACUGGAUUAGUGUAAUAAUGCAUACUUUGUAGUCUGCAGUAGUGGGUUUAAAUUUUCAUGGAAAUAUAUAUGUGCUUACAGAACGUAUCUUAGACUAAAUGGCAUUCUCUUUGGUUAGGAGAUAAAUGGGGCCAAUACUAAUUGGCUGCAUAGAGAUGAGAAACUCAUAACUUGUUACCCUGUUUUUGCAUUGUAUCCUACAAUAUUAGUAUAUCCAAAGGCUUUUUUUGAAAUAGAGUUUACAUUUUACAUUCAAAUUUUUUACUGUCUUAUCCUCUGCAGCUUGGUGGUACAGACCAGGAAAAUCUUUACCUCCUUAAUUGUUGACUACAUUAUUGGUUCUUACCAGAGUGUGUGUGAAAGAGUAAGAUAAAUAUUUCAAAUUUAAUCUAAGCACAAAUGUCUCCCUGGGUAUGUGGGGGAUAUAUUCAUGACCUAAAGGUAUAUUCAAAUUAUUUCUGGAAGUCAGUUUCAGAAAAUAAGUGCUUUUCCCUUCAUAUGUGACACAUGCAUCCAAGUAGCACCAGACAUUCUAAACAUUUUGGAAUAUUAAAUACUUUUCAGGCAAAAAUGUUUUUUGCUGUUUUAUAUUUUAACAGCACUGAUAGAAUUAUGGCUCGUAAACUUUGAUGGUAUUCCUCCCCUUAUUGCCUAAUCAGCAUUUCUGAAGUAUUUGAUGGUUUUAGCAUUUUGAAAUUUUGUAUCAAAUAAGUUUUAUUGGCUGAAAUUUAAGCAAAUUUUGAAGCUAACAAAAGAAUUGUCAAAUAAUUGUACAUUUCCCAAUUGUGAUACACUAUUCUUCAACUUAACUUUAAGAUAUACUGGUGUAUAGUUCUUCAGCAUAUAUAGAAUCUUUGUGGGUUUUUAAAAAAGUAUUUCUAUGUCAUACCAGUUCAGUUUGGAAGUUUUACUGUAUUGCAUGCAUGUUAACAGAGCAGUUCUAUGCAUGCUUAUUCAGAAGGAAGUUCUUGAUAGUUCAGUUGAACUUGCUGCUAAAUAAGUAAAUAUACAUAUGAUUACAGUCUUAAAAGUAUGGUUUGUAUCAGAAAUCCAAUUUUGUGAGCUGCAAUGGCUGGAACAGAAUCUGGAAGUAGACAUAGAAAGUUACCACUGAAAUCAACCCUUCACGACAUCUAUUAUUAAAAGUUAGGAGAUUCUCCGCUAAUAGAGGAAUUGUUGAAUAUUCAGCAACUCCAACCCCAUAUGAUAUAGAGUGAUGUUAUUUAGGUAAUUUUAGACUCUGGAUUUACAAAAUUGGCAAUUAAGAUUGCAAAAUCACUGCCAGGAUGAAAUCUGCUCCUCUGUCAGUAUCAUUCAGUUAUUAAUGCAGUUAUUUUUACCCACCAGUAAGAGCACAUCGCCCAUUUUCCAGUGUUGCUGUGUAGGAGACUAGCCUGAGACUUUCUCACACACAUGCCCUGCAACUAUUACACUGCUGUAGUGCUGUGUGUUAAGGGAGAGAAGAAAUAGAUGGCUUCUUUCAAAAUGAAGCUCACAUUACUAAUUAAGACUAGUCACUGAAUCAUGUAAAGGUUGAAGGUGCCUUGCAGAUAAUUUAGUCCAACUCCUGCCCACUGCAGAAAUUGGAGCCCGGCUCUUACCAAGAUAUUAGCUAUUAGUUACUAGAUUUAAGUUGUAAAUAAUGAGAAUAAGGACUCCUUUCCCAUGGCAUAUUUUAAAAUUGUUUUAUGGUAUACUAGUGCUAUUCCUUUUCAUUUUAUUUUUACAUGUUUCUGUUCUUCCAGGAGUAGCCGUUCACGCCUGUGCAACUACUGCAGUUCUAGUGGAUUGUUAUAAUGUAUAAACUAUAUAAAACUAUAAGACACUGCUAAGUCUAAUUAAAAAAUUAAUCUUACCAAUAGCUUUGUGAUUCUUGAUUGUUUUAAAAAGCAAAUUGGUUGUCACAUCUCAUGGAGUAUGACUUAAGGCCAUUCAUCACAUGGCUGUACAGGUGAAUACUAGUAUCAGGGACUCUUGAAAGGAGCAGCAUGCAGAAAUUGUUACAUGCCAUGCUUCAAGAAUUGAGUUAGGCAACAUUGGAUUAUAUCUGGAGGUGCUGCUGCUUCAGAAUGACAUGCCUGGAAAUAAAGAAUGAUCUAAAUUUAAAGGGUUGAAACAGACUUGACAGCCAUGCAUGGUCAACCCAUUAUAUUGAGAGUUGGAAGUCUACCCAUUGUUGAUCUAGGUGGAUGUUCUAAUUACAAUUUUGGUUAGAAGGCCAACUCAUGCAUGAAAUGGGACAAAUGAAUGACAGGUAUGACAUUAUUUUGUCCCAAGUUCUAUCAUUGUUUAAGGACAUCGUGGUGACUUUGCUAUUCUGUUUGUAUGUUGUACACCCUAUACAUAUACAGGUCUUUUCUCUAUAAAAGAAAACAUCUCUCUGAAUAUGGCAUACAGUUCUUAAACAUGCAUGAUAGCUCUUGGAUUACUGUGUCACUUCAAAACCUACAUUCUGCUUUUCAUCCACAUUCUGAGUUUUCCUUAAAACCAUCCCAAGUGUUAAAUUUAGUAAUGACAGCAUUUGAGCAAUCCAGAAAUAUGUAUAGUCAUUCCUCAACAUAAUGAAUCUGAAACAAACAACAGGAUUAGGUACUAUACACUCAACACUGGAAUAUGAUAAAGGAACAACAAUGGUGGCUUUUCAGUGAACUGGGAAAAUAUUCUUCCCCAGGAAUUCCAAUCAGGUUUCUACAUUAAUAUAGGGAUGUUUAUAUUUCUGUGUACCAGAUUUCUGUAUUUUUAAUACAACAGUAUGACUGGCAGUUUUGUAAAACAUUUGUUCCACAACUUGUUCGAAGUUUGUAGACCACUGAAAUCUUACAUCCAAAUUGUUUGGUUUAUAUUUUGCUAUACUUGCUAUUUACUGUUCAUAUUAUAAAAGCAAUGUUUCCUAUUACAUUUAUGUGCUGGUUCAUACUAGGGCUACCAUUCAUGUUUAAAUAAAACAUUCUUUAUUACAAUGCCAUUACAAGAGCAAUUUAUCUCUCUGUAGGAGAUUCCACUUCUAUCAGCAAGGAAGAGUAAUGUUUUUAUUAGCCAUCUCUUUAUCUCUCAAAGGGCAUAAACAUUUGAAGAUCCAAAUAAGAUUUAGUAUAACCUUGUUUCAGAUUUAUAUUGACUUAUAACUGAGUUGAAGCAAUAAAACAGCUACUA